CGGUCUAGCGGUCUUUACAAGCUAAGCUACUGCAUAACUCACACUAUUGUGUCACUGCAUGACUUUGCUGCAUAAUAGUGUUUGGCAGGUAGGAGAAAAUUCUUGGUGGAGUCGGAAAGGCAUCGCUAGUAUCAGUUUUUGUCAGCGCUGUAUAAAAGCUUAUAUCGCCGUCAGCCUGGAGGCUGUAAGGCAACGGAAAACUACGGGAAGUUGAUGUAGAAAGCAAACCGGGCAGAAUUUGAUCCUCGACAAGGAAUUGUUACUGAAGGAUGGCGCAAACACCGUUGAUUUCCUCUUUCUUCAUCAGCAUCAUGACGUAUGCCAUAAAUGCAGAGUUCUACUCCUCCAUGGAUCAUAUGACCGGGCUCAUUUUUUCCAAAAGAGAAUUCAUCUCCUCCUUCAAACAUUACAUCCGAGCAGAGGAAACACAUGUUGAUAAAUUGAAAAGUUGUCUUCAAGUGUUUGAGAAGAUAUCAGGGGAAAUCCCUGCAGAUCCUGAAAAGCACAUCAGUAACCCCUUGACAGCAUACAAAUUUGUAAGAAAACUGAGAAGUGCAUGGAAGACACUGGAAGAAGUGGCACAGAUGAGUCCUUCAAAAGGUUUCCUAGAUGCGUUACCUGAGAAGUCACAGCACUUCCCCGGUGACAAGGACAUAGACGGCGUGGCCCUCGGCCUGCUGAGGCUACAGGAGACAUACAGACUGAACCCAGAGAGAAUGAGAGGAGGAGGACUGCCAAAACUUCGAACAUUGGAACCGCCAGACCCGGACGAGUCCUUCCACAUCGCCACCAUGGCUCAUCAAAAGCACAAGACUCUUUUAGCUUUCCUGUGGGGGCAAGAUGCCCUCAAACAGCUGGACGAGGGCAAAACAGCUGUAGUUACAAAGAAGGAGGUUCUGUACUUCCUUUCCCCCCUUGCCUUUCAGAUGGGAGAACUUCCACUUGCACUUCAGCUGACAGAAGAGCUACUGAAACUGGAUCCCUACGAUUUCAGUGUGCUGCAUUACCUGACAUACUACCAGAAAGUGAUGCAAAGCGUUCAAAGGUGGAACGAGACUCAACCCACUGCCAGGCUGGACACGGUUAUGGCCGAUGAGAACAGAAACACAUACGAAGCGCUCUGUAGAGGGGAGGCAAAUGGAAUGCAAAUGACACCCAGAAGACAGAGGGCCCUGUCCUGCAGGUACAGCACGGGAGGGGGGAACCCACGUCUCCUCUACGGCCCGAUUAAGGAGGAGGAUGAGUGGGACCACCCACAAAUUACCAGAUACCAUAACUUCCUAUCUGAUAAAGAGAUCGACACAAUAAAAAGACUGUCCAGGGCAAAGCUUAGAAGAGCUAUGGUUUUGGACAAGGAAACUGGCCAAAAGCUUGCAUCAGAAGACCGUGUUUCCAAAAGCGCUUGGCUCUCUGAAGAGGAAGACCCGGUCAUUUCACGGGUCAAUCAACGGAUUGCAGACAUCGUAGGGCUGGACAUGCAGACGGCAGAGAUGCUUCAGAUUGCAAACUAUGGAAUUGGAGGCCAGUAUGAACCACACCAUGAUUCAAAGCUGGCUAAUGACACAGAAUUCGUAACAGUUGGUGGUAGGAUUGCGACCACAUUAAUCUAUAUGACUGACGUAGAAGUGGGAGGAGCCACUGUGUUUCCCAUCCUUGGUGCUGCGCUGAAACCACAGAAGGGCUCUGCUGUGUUUUGGUACAACCUUCUAAAGAAUGGGAAAGAGGACGACAGAACCCUACAUGCGGCAUGUCCCGUGUUUGUUGGGAGCAAAUGGGUGGCCAACAAAUGGAUCCGGGCGCGAGGCCAAGAAUUCAGGAGACCGUGUGCUUUGGCUGAGGUCGACUGACUACUUUAAUCCAUCAAAAGCCACUACUGUUUUAUUUUGUCCCGUCACUCACCACACAAGCAGGUCUUGCAGCACU